GAUCCAUAGUCAAAGAAAUGUUAUGUCGAUUUACAAAAAAAUUAAAUGAUACGACUAGUAUUUAUUUUUUAAAUUAUUAUUGAUAGCUAAUUUAUUAUUUUAUAUUUAUUGAUAUUAAUUAGAGUAAAUUAUUUUUUAUGCAUAUUAUACUUUUUCUAUUGCUGUUUUGAAAUAUAAAAUUUAUAUUAUUUCACCAUGAGUUUGGAAUCUAUAAGAUACAAGCGAGGAAAUCUAGAAAUUCUAGACCAACUGUUGCUUCCAUUACAAACUCGCUAUGUUAAAGUGCAAGGCGUAGAAGAUGGAUGGAAAGUUAUCAAUAAAAUGCAGGUGAGAGGUGCUCCUGCAAUAGCAAUUGUAGGUUGCUUAUCACUUGCCAUUGAGUUAGAGAGGGAUAAUUGUUCUGAUAAGAAGAUCAUGAGGCAAGAGAUUGAAGGUAAGCUCAAUUACCUAGUGUCGGCGCGGCCAACUGCUGUCAAUAUAAAAUUGGCAGCAGAGGAGCUGAUAAAUUUAGCAAAUGUUCUAAGCGCCGAUGAAAAUGUUUCACCUAACGAAUUCAAAGAAAGAUUCAUUAACAGCAUAGAAAGCAUGCUGGCCAAAGACAUAGAUGAUAAUAAAGCUAUAGGCAGUUACGGUUGUGAAGCAAUAUUGAAGAAUUUGGAGGGCGAUGGUCAAGUUAGGAUAUUAACACAUUGUAACACUGGCUCCCUCGCCACUGCUGGGUAUGGUACUGCGCUAGGGGUUAUCAGAUCCUUACAUGCGUCUAAAAAGCUAGAACAUGUUUACUGCACCGAAACUCGACCAUACAAUCAGGGAGCGAGACUCACAGCAUAUGAACUUGUACACGAGAAGAUUCCAGCCACAUUAAUUGUAGAUAGCAUGGUGUCUGCUCUUAUGCACCUGAGAAAGAUCAGCGCCGUAGUCGUUGGUGCAGACAGGGUUGCAGCCAAUGGCGAUACAGCAAACAAAAUUGGAACGUAUCAAAUAGCCAUAGUGGCCAAAUACCAUGGAGUGCCUUUCUACGUAGCAGCACCUCUCACGUCUAUUGACAUGUCGCUUACCUCCGGCGAUAAGAUUAAGAUUGAAGAGCGGCCUGAUAGGGAGAUGACGCACAUUGGUGAACAUAGAAUUGCCGCACCAGGAAUAAGCUGCUGGAACCCAUCAUUUGAUGUAACUCCAGCCAGUUUGAUUACAGGUAUAAUCACGGAAAAGGGAGUGUUUCCACCUGAAAAGUUGAGUGAAUAUAUUCUAACGUAAUGUACCUGAUAAAGGAGUCUUAAUCAAUAUACCUAUCACCAAUGAUACUGUGUAUUAUAAAAUACAAUAGAACAUUUAGAUAUUGCUAUAAAUGUAUACGUUAAAGACCGACGGAGUGGUGAUGAGGCUAAUUCAUUAUAAUUUAGAUAAUGUGGCUAAAGUCAUUCAAUUAGCAAUUCAAUUUUCACUUUUCAUAGCUGAAAUUGAGGUAACAAACUACAACUCUAAAUGACGCAUAAUGGUACUUGAAGCCGUUCAUAUAAAGACACCGAGCUUUAGCGGGAAUUAUAAAGAAAUAGAUAAAAGAACAAAUGUGUAUUUACUAGUCUUCGUCGCCACUUCGUUUGUGUACUUUGAUCCUUAAGACCUGUGCAGAUGAAGGAUAUUUCGCCUGCAGAGUGCAAAAUAUUGCUUUGUGUUAAUUAUAUUAUGACGGAUAAAAUGUACGCCAAGCAUCCAUCGCCUGCGCAAGUUACUAAUAUAUCUUUGUACGCCUGUUAUUAACAUCUGUCACUUAUUAUUUAACUUUAUCUAUCACAAUAAUUAGGAGCAUUAAUAUAAACCAAUUUGAAUGGAAUAACGCAACACAUUCAUCAUAUUGUCUUCCAUUAACGAUUUAAAUAUGUUUAAUUAUAAUGCUAAAAUUGUAAUAAUAUUUUGCUUAAUAUACUAAGUUCAUAUAAGCACCAUUUCAUUUAGUGUCUCAUAAUUUCGACUUUGUCUGAUGUUCAAAUUUGAAACUGAAAAUCUUCCCAUAUAUAUAUAUAUAUAUAAAUGUCAACUACAGACUAAACUGUGCACUGUAACAGAAAUCGUUUCAAACAUCAUCCUAAGAAGGGCAUCGUAAGGUGAUAUUUACAUGUUAUUUUUAAGGAAGUCGUUCAAUAAUAUAUUUACUGUACAAGGUUAUAUUGUAUCUACAUUUUAUCGAGUACAUUAUUGAAAUGAUUAUCCUAAAUAAUUAGGCAUCUUGAAGUAAGAACAUAAUACUUUUUAAAAGGCCGGUAGCAUAGCUGCAAUGCCUCUGGUGUUGCGGAUGCUUAUGAGCGACGGUAGUUACUAUUAGGUGAGCCCGGGCUCGUUUGCCCUCCUGUGUUAUUGAAAAAAGGUGUUCUAUACAGGGUACAACAAAUAGAAACCCAGACUGAAACCUUACUGAAAUUUUGCUACAAUCUGAAUAACAAAUACAUGGUGUUUUUUUUUUUCUAUUAGCAUUAUAUAUUAAUGUCAUACAGUAGAAACUCGUUUUCGAGAUGACUCGUCGCUAAGUAUUCAAUCGAAAUCGAAAAAUAAAAAUAUGAAAAAGGUGAUUUCUCAAUUUCAUUAUUAUACAGUAACUAUAUUUUUUAUAUAAAACCAUUAAUGUUUGUAAUAUGUAAAACAUAUAAUUAUAGUUUUAUAAUUUCAGCAAUCGUGUAUAAUUAUGAAUUUGUAUACUACUACUAUAAAUGUUUUAUAGUAUCUAAAAUAUACCGAUUUUGGAAUCAUCCUCUAGUCAGUGAGUAUCUGCUAUAGCAGACAAUAAAGUGGAUUGAACAUAAUUAUCAUUGUUUUUAAUUUUUAAAGGUUCAAACAAAUUCAUCAGAGUUUAUAAUAAUUAUGUACAAAGCUUUAUUAAUAAUUUUAUAACAAGUAUAAGAAUAAAGAAACUGGGCAUAAAUUAUAUACUUUUUACUCUAUAUGUAAAAUGUACUAAUCUUCCUUUCAAGACUCCGCAGGGUUGUCGCAAAUUUAUUCGCAUUUAACAAUUUUACAGUGCUCUAAGUAUAUCUACGCGUGAGCGCGAUGCAUGCUCUCACUGUCAAGUCCUGACUGAUUUGGCUUAAGACAGAUCCGUUAACGUGCCAACCUUGUCAUUAUAAAAUUGUUAUAAAUAUAAUAAUACUAUAAGUACUUGUUUUUAUACAACAACGAAGUUCCAUUAUUUCAUAUUUAUAUAAUAAAUAACAAAGUAAGAAAUCUUUGUUAGAUUGUGUACCUGUUAAUUAUAUGAAUUAUGGAAUACUGAUAUAUUUAUUAACUCAAAAUUGUCAUAUAAGUGAGAGCAUAUUAACAAGUUUCAGCUUAAAUAAUGCGCUGUAUAAGAAUAUAGGUAUUAUUUAUAAUGUUCCUAUUUCUACAGUAAAUCUGUAAUUUAAUAUGUUAGUGCCUAAACAGUAACAUGUUCCACAAUUUGUUACCUAAUAAAAUAAAACAAAGUUA